CAUCGCCAUCAUUUUGGGCACAUGGGCGUAAUAAUUUAUGCGUCUUGAAAAUGUGCAUUAGAAGUAAGUGUAAUUAAAAAUGCAGUCUUCUAAGACAAUUGAACGCAAUACAUCUCUGAAGCUCCCCAAACUGUAUACCUGUGCAGCCCGUAUACUGAAGGGCAUUCGUGAAAAUGGGGGAACCAUCGGAAAGCUAAUAACGGAAGCUAAGCAUCCGCGCAAGACAUGCCUCAGUGCUUUGGUGAGGCAGGCAAUAAAACACAAGGCACCUUUACUUGCUGCAUUGGAUAAGGCUCAAAUUAGAGACAAGAACCCAUCAAUUGUGGAAGAUUUAGCUAUUGUCCUUGCCUGCGAGCUGUUGUUGGGGCACAAGAAAGCUUUGACUCCCGGCAACCAAAAGAUAAACACCAUCCUUGAAUCUGAGGCCGUGUUGCGUGACGCCUACGAAGAGGCGCUGCACAAUCACGGUGAAGUUAAACAAGCAAAGUUCUCCCCCAGAUAUGUACGAGUAAAUACCAUGAAUGGUAAAGAUGUGGCUGCUGUGAUUGCUGAAAUUGAAUCACUUGGUUUCAAACGGAUCAAACUAACUACGAUUGAGAAGAGUGAUUUUAAAAAGUGGAAGAAAGCAGUAAAACACUUGACCGAAGAGCAGUUUUUGGUCGAUUUUCAUGUACCCGACAUGCUGGUGUUUCAUCCAGCAGCAAAACUCACUGGAACUCACCUCCAUGACAACUCUCACAUUGUGCUGCAUGACAAGUGCUCGGCAAUGGCAGCAAUAGCCCUGAAUCCUCACCAGGGCAGUGUAGUGUUGGAUGCAUGUGCAGCACCAGGUAUUAAGACUACAUAUCUGGCAUCUCUUAUGGCAAAGGAUGGUUGGAUUUGGGCAGUGGACAGAAGUAAAGAGAGGUGUGAAAGUCUCAAAUGGAUCUUGCAGUCAACAGGGGCUGACAGCUGUGUAAAAGUGCUUGAGCGUGAUUUCCGCAGAAUGAAUCCUAAUUCUGAGGAGGGUUUCACAAAUGCUGAGUACAUUCUACUAGAUCCUUCGUGUUCUGGCAGCGGCAUGACCAGCCGCAUCGAGCUAAACCCACACAAUUCCGGUGCGUUGGAAGCUCGCCUCAGAAGUCUUCACAACAUGCAGGUCAUGCUGCUGAAACAUGCCAUGCACUUUCCAUGUGUGAAGCGUAUUGUGUAUUCAACUUGUUCUGUGUACCCUGAAGAAAACGAGGAAGUGAUUGCAGAAGCCAUUGAUUUUCCACAUUCCAACUUUCAACUAGUUGAAGCUCUUCCUGAAUGGCCUCUACGAGGCCUUGAAGAGUAUCCCUUUGCCAGUAAGUGUGUACGUAUGACACGCAAGAAGACCCUGACAUCUGGAUUCUUCCUGGCUGUGUUUGAACGUGUUGAGACAAAGAAAACAAUGCCUCGAAAUGAAAACAAGCUUGGAAAGAAAAGGAAACAACAUCUUGACCAGGGUGACACUGCAGUUUACAAGAAAAUGAAAAGGAAGAUGGGUGCAGAAAAUGCAGGUACCUCCUCAUGGAGUAAAUGAGUUAAAAAAGGUUUACUCCAAGCAGUCCUCUUGCAAAGGAAGGAGAGAGAUGCACAAAAUAUGGCUCUGUAAUGCGGUUGCAAAAAAAGCUGUGCAGCCCCGCAUAGUAACAAAGGAACCAACAGUAAAUAGUGGCACGCUACAGAUGAAAGGAUAUGUAUCUGACAAUAAUUUGAAGCAGCCUGUUUCCAAAAGUGCCUUCAAUUACCUUUGUGCUUCAUCAGUGCCUCGAGCACAUCGUGUGGACAUGAGGCUUUAAUAUCGCAAUUGCAAUGUGCUCCCUAAAGUCAAUAAUUAAAAAGUUGAGUAAAAUAUCUGUUAAUUACCGUAAUUUCACGCGUAUAAGCCGCACCGCAGAUAAGCCGCAGGACGCAUUCUUUGGGACGUUUUGAAAAUUUUCUGGCAGAUAAGCCGCACCCGCAGAUAAGCCGCGGGCAAUACGAGACGACUGAUUUGUGCGACAAAGGAUGACCAUAGAGAAGGCCAUAAACCCUGUGGUCCAUACUCCGGGAUCGGCACAGUGUAGAACAGAGGAGGUCAGUUCUGGAGUUCUACCAAGAUCGGAUUGUGCCCUUGUCGGGUGUUUUUCGUGGACUGAUGGGUCAGUGAUCUUCCAAAAGACGUGAAUCACUGUCACCACUUUCCUUAAAGCUGCUUGGGGGAAUGCACCAGGAAGAUCAAUCUACUUGAAUGUGGACCCGUCCCUGUUACGCACUGUUCGUGCAUCGGCAGGGCAGUGCUGUUCCAGAGACACUGCCGGCCCUUUCGUUAAAAUCAGCGUAUGGGGAAAAUACCAGGAAAAAAUAGUCAUCAGAUAAGCCGCACUGGUGGAUAAGCCGCAGGGCGCCCGUGAGAAAAAAAAAUCGCGCAUAAGCCGCGGCUAAUACGCGUGAAAAUACGGUAACCCCUAAAUUAGAAAAAAAUACGGUUUCGUAGUAACAGCCCCCGUCGAGUAAUCCAAUGACGAAAGUAAAAGCGUCCUAAGGCAAUUCCCCAUAUGGUCAACUGAAGUAGAUCAACACAAAAAGAGAAUGGUAUGGAGGAGGUGUUGAGUGGACAUCCUUUAGUAAUGCCUGCUGUAGUAGUGCUGGAAAGCCUCUUAAGCUCCUUCAGUUUGUGAUCAUUUUGUGUGAGUGGAAUCAUGUACUUGUCAUAUUGGAACCUACACAGGAUAUAAAACUACUUUCCUUGUGUACACUUUUGGUAUGUUGACAGUGAUCUGUGUGACAGCAUUCAGGCUUUACAGACAAGAAGCAAUUGCCCCACAGAAAAUCACACAUUUCAAAACUGAUGCUGUUAUGACAUCAUAGUCGGCCUCACUCGCUAUAUGACAACCCAGUUGAAAGGGGAGGCUGGUGCUGUCUGUCAUUGCUGUAGGGUCUGUCAUGUUCAAAAUAUGUGACAAAAAAGAAAAAUUUCACAGGUUACAUUGGCAAUUUGUUCUAGGUAUGCAUCUCUUAUUUAUUUCCACCAGAAAUAAAAUGUCACAAUCAU